AUGGGAAGCAUUGCUGGGCCCACUCCGGCGGCCGCCACCGCCAGCUUCAAUCCAAUAGCCUCCGGCCCGAUGAGGCGGCGGGCGUCCGACUACUCCGGCGAUCUCGAAAGACCUUUCCAACCAUCGGAGAAUGACGACACGGUUGAUGCUGUGGCUGACGAUCAUCACCCGACCACUGCGCCACCACCAGGAAAGAGGCCGCCGCUCUGUAAAGAUAAGAGGUUUUCGGAUAGCUUUACGACAACGAGGACGGCAAUUCUUGUUCUCCUUUCUUUCGCGGCGAUGAUGGGCUUCUUGGGGUCUUGUUGGAUUGAACACUUGGACAGCGAGAGUGGAAGACAUGUACCUCAUGAGGCACGGAGAAGAGGCGCGGCGCUGGGGUUGACGGAGGAGACACUGCCAAGCCUGGUGCAGCGAUCGGACCCGCCGGUCCCUAAGAUAUGGAUGAAACCAAGCAACGAAGGCUACAGACAAUGCAUCGAACACCCAAAAAAUAGACACAAAUCAAACAAUGCAACAGAUGGCUAUCUCCUUAUUCACGCUAAUGGUGGGUUAAACCAGAUGAGGAUGGGAAUAAGUGACAUGGUUGCAGUGGCUAAGAUAAUGAAUGCCACUCUGGUAGUUCCCACCCUUGAUCAUGAUUCAUUCUGGACAGAUCCAAGUGACUUCAAAGAUAUUUUUGACAUGAAGCACUUCAUAGAAGUUCUAAGAGAUGACAUUGUGAUUGUAGAAUCCCUUCCACCUUCUCAUGUGAGAAUUUUGCCUUAUUAUAGAGCACCUACCUCUUGGUCCAAGGCUUCUUACUACAAAGAUUUCGCAAAAACUUUGAAGAAAUACAGAGCAGUGAAGUUUACCCAUACAGAUUCCCGUCUUGCUAACAACGGCCUUCCUCCUUCAAUUCAGCAGCUUCGGUGUCGUGCAAACUAUAUAGCGCUUAGAUACACGAAAGAUAUUGAAGAACGUGGAAAGAAACUAGUUAAUAAAUUAAGGAACGGGACUAACAAUUAUAUAGCACUUCAUUUAAGAUAUGAGAAGGACAUGCUCGCCUUUACCGGUUGCAAUCACAACCUAACAACUCAAGAGGCAAAUGACUUGAGAAGAAUGCGGUACAGGGUAAAGCAUUGGAAGUCAAAGGAAAUUAACAGCAAAGAGAAGAGACUACAAGGAGGUUGUCCCAUGACUCCUCAUGAAGCUGCUAUUUUCCUUAAAGCUAUGGGCUAUCCUCCCACAACAAACAUCUAUAUUGUGGCAGGUGAAAUUUAUGGUGUCAACAGCAUGAGUACACUGAGGGCAGAAUACCCAAACAUAUAUACACACCAUAAUUUGGCAGAUGCUGUAGAUUUAGAGCCACUUGAAUUGUACCAAAACCGGCUCGCUGCUCUCGACUACAUUGUGGCCCUCAAUAGUGAUGUUUUUGUGUACACCUAUGAUGGAAAUAUGGCUAAAGCUGUGAAGGGCCACAGAAUGUUCGAAGGAUUCCGUAAAACUAUAAAUCCUGACAGGCGAAUGCUUGUGAGGCUAAUUGACAAGAUGGAUGGAGGUGCGAUAAGUUGGGAGGAAUUUAAAAGAAAAGUGACGAAGUACCAUGAGAAGAGGCUUGGAGGUCCAUAUGAGAGAAAAUCUGAAGGAAAUCGAAGGCAUGGAGAGUACUUUUAUGCAAAUCCUCUUCCUGGUUGCUUGUGCAAAAAUCUCACAGCAGUCAGUAGCAAAGUUUCGCUCUUAUGAGGAAAAUAAACGUUGUAUAGGCAAUAGACAAGAUAUACAACAACAUAUAGAAUUUUCUUCCACAUUUUUGCAACAUCCCCCAAUAGUAUCAUGUAAGGAAACUGAAUUGGAUUACACCAAUAGAUUACAAAUGUAUAGAGUUUUUCCUUUUUCGCCCAAAUCAAUUAAUUGAGUGAAUAUUUCCGUUUUCUCUAA